AUGUCACUCAGUCAUUUUCUCACUCCUCUCUAUUUUUCCUCACUCUCCCCUCUCUUCUUUCUAUUUCCCCUCUCUCUCAUCUCCUCAUUCACCUACUCUUUUUUCACCCUCCCUCUCUAUUUUCCUGCUCCCAUUCGCUCAUCCCUCUCUAUUUCUCACUCCCUCUCUAUUUCUCGCUGUCUAUUUCUCCUCCUCUCUCUCUCUAUUUCUAAAUCACUCUCUCUCUAUUUUCACUCACUCUCUCUCUAUUUUCACUCACUCUCUCUCUAUUUUCACUCACUCGCUCUCUAUUUUCACCCAUUCCCUCUCUAUUUCUCACUCACUGGCUCUCUAUUGUCACUCACUCUCUCUCUCUCUAUUUCUCAAUCACUCUCUCUCUAUUUUCACUCACUCUCUCUCUAUUUUCCUCCUCGCUCUCUCUGUUUUCCACCCACUCCCCCUCUUUUCCUCCUCGCCCCUCUCUAUUUCUCCUCUCUAUCCCCCUCUAUUUUUUCCUCCUCCCGCUCUAUUUUUCCCCCAUUCCUCUCUAUUUUUCCUCCUCCCUCUCUAUUUUCUCCCUCCUCUCUAUUUUCACCCCUCGCUCUCUUUUUUCCCCCAUUCCUCUCUGUGUCCCUCUCUAUUUCUCUCUCCUCCCUCUCCACCACUCUCUCUCUAUUUCUCACUCACUCGCUCUCUAUUUUCACCCACUCCCUCUCUAUUUUCACUCACUCCCUCUCUAUUUCUCACUCACUCUCUCUCUUUCUCCUCCUCUCUCUCUCUAUUUCACUCACCCCACUCUUUUCCCCAUUCCCCUCUCCUUUUUACCCCUCCCCUCCCUCACUCCUCCCUCUAUUAACUCUCCUCUUUAUUUCUCCUCCUAUUUUCUCUCUCCUCUCUUUUCCUGCUCCCUCUCUAUUUUCCUCACUCGCUCUCUUUUCACCCCCACUCUCUCUUUUCACCCAUUCCCUCUCUAUUUUCUCACCUCUCUCUCUCUCUCUCUAUUUUCCUCACUUCUCUUUUCCUCCACUCGCUCUCUAUUUUCCCCCUCCCUCCUCCUAUUGUGUUUUUCUCUCUUCAUCCCCUCUCUAUUUUCCCCCUCUCUUCUCUCUAUUUCUCCUCUACUGGCUCUCUAUUGUCCUCCUUUCUCCUCUCUCUCUUUCUCAAUCACUCUCUCUCUAUUCUCUCUCUUCUCCUCUCUCUCUAUUUUCACUUUCACUCUCUCUCUAUUUCACCACUCCCCUCUCUAUUUUCCCUCCACUCCCUCUCUGUUUUCCCAUUCCCUCUCCUAUUUUCUCACUCUUUGUGCCCUCUCUCUCUCUACUUUCACCCCUCCCUCUCUAUUUCUCCUCCUCUCUUUCUUUCCACUCACUCGCUCUCUCUUCUCCCUCCUCUCUCUAUUUUCACCUCCCUCUCUAUUUCCCUCCUCCCUCUCUCUUCUCCCCUCCUCUCUCUCUCUUUUCCCUCCUCUCUCUCUAUUUCACUCCUCGCUCUCUUUGCCCUCCUCUCUCUCUCUAUUUCCCCACCUUCUCUUUUUCACUCCCCCGCUCUAUUUUCCCCCUUUCCCCUCCUAUUUUCCCCCUCCCUCUCUUUUUUCUCCUCCCCCCCUCUUUUAUUUAUCUUUUUCUCUUUUUUUUUCUUUAA